GUUUUAAGACAACACAAGAAACAAAACGGAUCUAACGACCUUAACCAACUAUCCCACCAUGUUCUCCAUGCGCCAAAAGCAAAACCCUAACCGUUCUUCUCACAACCUAUACGUACAUACAUAGAUAUACAGAGAGAAUGAUAGAGCGAGGAACGGAAGACAACAAUGGCGCAAUCACUGGAGCUUCUCCUGCUUCAAUUCCUGAUGCCGGACAACGAGGCGCGACAGAACGCAGAGGAUCAAAUCAAGCGUCUCGUUAGGGAUCCAGAGGCGGUUCCGCAACUUAUCGAUCAUAUUCGCAAUGCAAAGACGCCUAAUGUCCGGCAACUCUCCGCCGUUCUCCUCCGGAAAAAGAUCUCCGGUCACUGGCCGAAGCUUCCGGAUGAGAUUCGCCAGCUUGUCAAACAGUCUCUACUUGAGAGCAUUGCAACGGAGUAUAGCCCAUCUGUGAGGCGAGCUAGUGCAAAUGUGGUGAGUAUUAUUGCAAAAUAUACAGUUCCAGGUGGCGAAUGGCCAGACCUACUGCCCUUUAUAUUCCACUGCAGUCUGAGUGCCCAAGAAGAUCUGAGAGAGGUGGGAUUAUUAUUGUUUAGCACCCUAACUCAGACAGUUGGGGAUUCAUUUCAACCGUAUUUUGUAGACUUGAAAUUCCUUCUACUCAAGUGCCUCCAAGACGAGAUCAGUGAUGUCAGAGUUGCUUCUCUCAAGAACUUUGGAACUCUAUUGUUUGACUAGGGCGAUUGGGGCUUUUCUUGAGUCCACUCGUGAUAGUUCUCAAUUGGUUAAAUUUUGCGAGUAUAUUCCCAGCAUACUGAAUUAUUCAAGAAAAUGUCUAGUAUCUGGUGAUGAAGAUAAUGCGUUAAUUGCUUUUGAGAUAUUUGAUGAACUGAUUGAAUCUCCAGCUCCUCUUCCUGGAGAAUCAAUCAAAGCCAUAGUCCAGUUCUCUCUUGAGGUUUGCUCUAGUUCAAGUAUAGAAAUUAGCACUCGUCAUCAGGCUAUUCAAAUUAUUUCAUGGCUUGCAAAAUAUAGAUCCAGUUCACUCAAGAAGCACCAUUUGAUCAUUCCAAUCCUCCAAACUAUUUGCCCAUUGCUUACAGAACCAACCGGCAAUGAUUUAGAUGAUGAUCUGUCAUCAGAUCGAGCUGCUGCAGAAGUUCUUGAUACCAUGUCUGUAAAGUUGUCAAAUCAAGUGUUUCCACCAGUUUUUGAAUUUGCUUCUGAAAACAGUCGGAAUGCUGAUCCAAAGUUUCGAGAAGCUUCUAUCAUGGUUUUGGGUUUGAUCUCAGAGGGUUGCUUGGAGUUGAUGAAAGAGAAUCUUGAACCUGUUCUCCAUAUUGUCUUAGAGGGUUUACGAGAUCCUGAACAGGUUGUAAGAGGCUCCGCAUCAUUUGCAUUAGGUCAAUUUGCUGAGUAUCUGCAGCCCGAAAUUAUCUUUCAUUAUGAAAAGAUUCUCCCUCGUUUAUUACGAUCCCUACAAGAUGCAUCUGAUGAUGUGAAGGAGAAAUCAUACUAUGCAUUAGCAGCGUUAUGUGAGAACAUGCAUGAGGAAAUUGUCCCAAUUUUCGAUACAAUGUUGGGAAAGCUACUUGCUUCUCUCCAACAUAGUCCAAGAAUAUUACAAGAAACGUGUUUGUCUGCAAUUGGUUCAGUUGCAUCCGCUGCAGACAAAGCAUUUAUCCCUUAUGCAGAAAGGGUUCUUGAGUUGAUGAAAGCUUUUAUGGUGCUUACAAAUAAAGAGGACCUCCGUUCACGAGCAAGAGCUACUGAGUUGGUGGGGAUAGUUGCAGUAAUCGUUGGAAGGGAAAAAAUUGAACCCCUUUUACCACCUUUUAUCGAAGCUGCAAUUUCUGGUUAUAGGCUCGAGUGCAGUGAACUUCGCAAGCAUACUCAUGGACUUUUUAGCAAUGUGACAGAAGUUUUAGAAGAUGGAAUGGUUCGGUAUCUUCCACAUGUUGUACCUUUGGCAUUCUCUGCUUGCAAUCUUGAUGAUGGACCUGCUGUAGAUAUUAGUGAUUCCGAUGACGAUGAAGAUGAAGAUGUUGUUGGAUUGGGUGUAGUUUCAUCUGAUGAUGAAGCUCAAGAUGAACCAAGAAUAGGAAAUAUCAGUAUAAGAACAGAUGUUUUAGAUGAAAAGGCUGCUGCAACUCAAGCCCUUGGUCUAUUUGCCCUUCAUACAAAGAGUGCCUAUGCCCCAUAUUUGGAAGAGUCACUUAUGAUUAUGAUGAAGCAUUCUAACUAUUUCAAUGAAGAUGUCCGACUUCAGGCAAUUACUGGUUUAAAACAUAUUUUGACAGCUGCUCAUGUCGUCUUACAAGGUCAUAAUGACAGAACGCCAAAGAUUAAACAAAUUCUUGAUUCUGUGAUGACAAUUUAUAUUAAGACAAUGAAGCAAGAUGAUGACAAGGAAGUGGUUGCUCAAACUUGCAUGAGUGUAGCACAGAUCAUCAGUGAUUUUGGAUACGUUGCCAUGGAAUCUCACAUGGCUAGGCUUGUAGAGUCAUCUCUUGUAUUGCUACAGCAGAUGUCCACAUGUCAACAAGUAGAAUAUGACAGUGAUAUUAAGGUUUAUGAUCCUGGACAAAAUGAAGUGCUCAUGGAUGCUGUGACAGACCUCCUUCCUGCUUUUGCCAAGGCUAUGGGUUCCAACUUUGCACCUAUCUUUGCAAUUCUGUUCAAUCCAUUAAUGGAGUUUGCAAGAGGCUCAAGCUCACCUAAAGACUGGACUAUGGUGGUUGCAUGUCUUGCUGAAGUUGCUCAGAAUAUGGGGGCUCCAAUUUCUGGUUAUGUAAAUCCGUUGAUGCCCUUUGUACUAAAAGAGUUAGAUUCCUCAUCAGCAACCAAUAGGAGGAAUGCUGCAUUCUGUGUCGGAGUGUUGUGCCAGAAUGGUGGAGACUGCAGUCUGAAAUACUUUGAUGAUGCAUUGCAAUGCCUUUACCCAUUGUUUGAAGAAUCUGAACCAGACCAUGCGGUUAGGGACAAUGCUGCAGGUGCAGUUGCAAGGAUGAUUAUGGCACACCAGGAUUCUGUUCCAUUAAAUCAGGUUCUCCCUAUUCUCAUCAAAGUUCUUCCUUUAAAAGAAGACCACGAGGAAUCUGUUCCUGUUUACACUUGCAUUUGCAACCUUGUUUUAUCAUCCAACUCACAGAUCCUCCAGCUAGUUACGGAUUUGGUUGUUGUAUUUGUACAAGUAGCUAUCUCACCGCUUGAAACACGAGAAGUUAAACUUCAAAUAGGAGGGGCUGUUUCUCACUUGAUAUCACUUUAUGGUCAUCAAAUGAAGCCCAUCUUGAGAAGCCUUCCACCAUCAUAUGCCCGUGCACUAGCUGCUAUAAUACCAAAGAGUUGAAGAUGAAGACAAAAUAUGUUUAAUGCAUGCAACCUCCUGAGUCAUUUUCAAUACCCAGUUAACUACCUGCCAGUAGCCAAAAUGGGACGACGAGUGGGUCGGGUAGGUGUUGAAAUUGGUCAUUUUCUAGUUGCAGCCAAAAAGGGGCAAGGUGCGGUUGGGUUGACCAACAAAUACUUUUAUCUAUUUUAAAGUAAAAAUUAACAAAGUUGAUGUAUUAUAUAUGAGAACACAAACCAAAUUACUACAAUAAGAAAUAAAUCUGGGUA